CUCCAAAAAAAGCCGGUUCGACAGUGACCGGCAGUUUCAUUUGCAGUCAAGCGCUUGCUCAGGUUGCACGCGUAAUACCUUCCAAUUUUAAGUUUCAAGAUGGCACCGAUUGUACUGUACACAACCCGGCGUACUCCGGCUGGCCGGGCCGUCGAAAUCACCGCCAAGAUGAUCGGCCUCGAGCUCGACGUCAAGUUCAUGGAUCUGACCAAGAAGGAGCACAUGACGGAGGAGUUCUUGAAGAUGAACCCCCUGCACACCGUUCCAACGAUUGUCGAUGGCGAUGUUCCACUGUACGACAGUCACGCCAUCAUCAUCUACCUGGUGUCGAAGUACGCCAAGGAUGACAAAUUAUACCCCAAAGACCUGGUGACCCAGGCUCGUAUCAACGCCAUGCUGCAUCUGGAAUCGGGAGUUCUAUUUGCGCGACUCCGUGGACUGUUGGAACCCAUCUUCUACAAGGGCUGUGCAGAGCUUCCACAGGACAAGAUGGACGGAAUUUACAACGCAUACGAUCUCGUGGAAGGUUCCUUGCAGUCGGAUUACCUUGUUGGAAACUCGCUGACCCUGGCCGAUAUCAGCUGCUGUACGUCGCUGUCAUCUCUGCACACUUUGUUCCCCGCGGAUGCCGGCAAGUGUCCUAAGCUGAUUGCUUAUCUUAAACGACUGGAACAGGUCAUCCCCGACUACCAUGAGUUCAACACGGUUCGUGCGCAAGAAGCAAACACAUAUCUUAAACUGAAGCUGGAGGAAAAUAAGAAGAAGUGAGUGGUGACACGAUAGCUGGAAACUGCAAUUUAUCUCUCCGAAUAAACAUUACCAGAGUUGAA